GAGCCAUGUUUGGAUCUUCCUAACCAGUACACCAAGUUGUUCGUCACUGUUAACGAUUCUUCAAUUGACUAUAAUCCUUACGAUAACGCUGGAAGAAUUAUUGCUGUAUUUGAUAAUCUGAAGGCAUCAAGUAUCAUAACAGAUUCACCAAUGUUUAAAGCCAAAUUAAUUGUUCAAAAUUUAGACCUGAUGCUUGUUGACGAUGUCAAAACUCUUAAUGAACGAUCCAUAAAUCGAUCAGGUUCGCUGCCUUUAAAUGCGAAAAAGUAUUGGGAGUCCGUAGGCUUUGUAAAAGCUGCGUCACUGGAUUUUGCAGAAAUUAUUUUACAAACUAAUAAAGGGGAAAUAUAUCCGCAUCUAUAU